AUGGCAAAGAAGAAGUCCCGAUCUGGGUUAUUGAAAGCUCCUAAAACAAUUACUGGGAAACUUGGUACUCCUAAAAGUUUAAAACCUCAAAGAACCAGAGAAAUUAUACGUCGGUUUCAUGUAUUACAGAAAAGUAAGACAUUGGUAAUUAUAAAACUACGAAAAUCAUAUCCUCAAAUCACAGUUAAUGAUUAUAAUGUAAUUCAAGCAGAUGCAAGUUAUAAAUCCGCUUUUAAGAGUUUCAUUGCUCCAACGAAAUAUUCUGAUAAUCCUAUCUAUAAAAUUGAUGAUACAUUGACAAAGUCAGAUUUAGUUCAAAUACUAGCCAGGAUUGAUUCAGAAAUUGAACAACGUGGUGGAAUUGAGUCUUACCAGUCUGCAUCAACACAAGGUCAAACUAGUAAAAGAGGUGGUGACUCGUCAAAAAAAUUAGUUGAAUGGUUACAACUGGAUAAAUAUGAAAAUAAGCUUAACGAUGUUACUGCGUUGGAAAUUGGUUGUUUAAGUCCUCAUAAUGUUAUUUCAACCUGUGGUAUUUUCAAAGAUAUCGUAAGAAUUGACUUGAAUUCACAAGAUCCCUUGAUUCUUGAACAAAAUUUCAUGGAUAGACCAUUACCAGAGAAUGAAUCUGAAAAAUUCAAUUUAAUCUCGUGUUCUUUAGUUAUAAAUUUUGUUCCAACGCCUAAAGAAAGAGGAGAGAUGUUGAUUAGAAUGACUAAAUUUUUGAAAAAACCAAAGAAAAAUAUGAGUUCUUUAUUUUUAGUAUUACCAUUACCUUGUGUAUCAAAUUCGAGGUAUUUUGACAAUGAAAGAUUACUUGAAAUGAUGACCAUGUUAGGAUUUCAACAAACAUUUUAUUAUGAAGCAAAGAAAGUUGCAUAUUGGUUAUUUGAUUGGACAGGCAAGACCAAAUUGGUUAAAAGUUUUCAAAAGAAGGAACUACAUUCAGGAUCAUCGAAAAAUAACUUUUGUAUUACUAUAUCAUAA